AGCCGGCCGAGGUGAACUCUUCAGGUGAGGAAGGAUAUCGUCCGAGUUGGCGGGCGCCCGCGCGAUCUAGCUCUCGGGGUUGCCUCCCCUUAGUGGCCGCACGCCUGGCGUCAGUAUCGCAGGCUAGCAGCUCGAGGGGUGAAACGAGACGCGCUCGCACCACCGCCUGAUCCGUCACUCCGUACCCCGGAUUCGAAAAAGUUCGCGCGCUGCGUCUAUAUUCGAUAUAUACGUCUGACGGUAUAUACGCGUCCGACCGAUUUUUUCGCCAAAACGGAUUUUUUUUUCGAUUUUUCCAAGUGACAUGUUUAAGUGGAGAUGCUGUGAGAUGAGACCGGUGGUUUGGUUCAUUAUUGUUGCGAUGUGGCAGCGUGUGGUUGCACAGGACGGGAUGGAUGAGGAGACUGAAACAGUGGUUUCAUCAGUUGGCGCAGUGCUUGGGAGAAGUGCAACUCUUCCUUGUGAAAUUGAGCCUAACAUAAGAGAAGAUAGAGUUUAUAUGGUAUUAUGGUACAGAGACGGUCAUGCAAAGCCAAUAUAUAGUUUCGACGUUAGAGGGCGACCCUUCAACAAAGCACUCCACUGGUCAGAUCCGAAAAUGUUCGGACCUAGGGCAUAUUUCGUGACGGUUUCCAAGCCUGCAUCUCUGACACUUGACGGAGUUCAACUAGAUGACGAGGGGGUGUAUAGGUGUAGGGUGGAUUUCAAGACCUCUCGAACAAGGAACUUCGCUCUCAAUCUGACCGUCAUAGUUCCUCCUCAUCAAAUGCUCCUUUAUGACAAUUCUGGGAGAGACGUCAACGGUGUUGUUGGACCACUUGAAGAGGGUGCUGACCUCAUACUCACUUGUGAAGUAAGAGGAGGUCGACCACCCCCUACCGUUUCCUGGUUCGUGAACGACAAAAUGUCAGAGGGCAAGCUGGAGGCCAUCGGCAACCACGUCACCGUCAAUCGACUGGAGGUGGCCAAUGUACGUAGGGACCACCUCAACUCAACUUUUAAAUGUCAGGCCAGUAACACGAAGCUCAUGAUGCCGGCUGAAAAGACUGUUAGCCUAGAACUGUUACUACGACCGCUAUCUGUUAUCAUCACAAGAAAACCACACCAAAUGAUCGCUGAUCAGGAAUACACCAUCAGAUGCAGGGUAGAAGGAUCAAGGCCCAAGGCAACUGUGACUUGGACAAGAGAAAACAGAGUGUUCAGAAGAGGAAAGAUCACCGAAGAAGGAAAUGAAACGACAGUGGUGAGUGCGGUUACUUUCGCACCUGUACCGGAAGAUGAUGGAACGUUUUUGAAGUGCAUUGGUGAUAAUCCAAAGCUGAUAAGUGUGGCUCAAGAGGAUUCGUUCAAACUCAAUGUGGUCUAUCCGCCCCAAGUUCAGCUGAAUCUCGGCACCACCCUCAACCCAGACGAUAUUAAAGAGGGAGACGACGUGUACUUCGAGUGCAAUAUCAGGGCUAAUCCCAAAGAACACAAAAUUACUUGGUAUCACGACGGUGAACUGGUAACACAGAACAUGUCAUCUGGAAUCAUCAUCAGUACACACAGUUUAGUUCUACAGAGCGUAACCAGAAAGCAAAGUGGAGAUUACAGCUGCGUCGCUUCCAAUUCGAGAGGAGAGAAAUCUAGUGUUCCUGUUAGAUUAAGAGUGAGAUUUGCUCCGGUAUGCAAAGAUGAAGAGGUGACAAUAAUCGGUGCAUCCCUGGAUGAAGUGCUCAAGGUCAGGUGCCAAGUGUCUGCAGAUCCAGCAGAGGUGAAUUUCGUAUGGCAGUUCAACAACAGCGGUGAAAGCUUCGACGUCUCACCGGCCAGAUUUGCCACGUCUAGUGCGAACGUGAGCGAGCUUAUGUACACUCCAGCCUCGCAGAGAGAUUACGGAACCCUAACGUGCUGGGGCAAGAACGUCAUAGGAAGGCAACAAGAGCCCUGCGUCUUCCAAGUGGUGCCAGCUGCGAAACCGGGCCCGCCCACGAACUGCACCCUGAGGGCGCCCGUCAACCGGACCUCUGAGAUCCUAGACGUGGAAUGCAGACCCGGCUACGACGGCGGCCUUCCCCAGAUCUUCAUGCUGGAGGCCUACGACGCCAACAACAUGAAGAUGAGACUGAAUCUGACCAGCCUGAACCAGGAGUUCCCUCUAUUCCGGCUGGAGCUGAACGAUCUGCCCCCCUGGGAGGGCUCCCCUCCCGCUCUCAGAUUGGUGAUUUACGGAAUGAACGCCAAGGGCAAGGGAGAAAAGGUGAUGCUGGAGGAUAUAAUGCUAAAUGACGCCGAGAAGAGGACAGAUGGCGGCACCAAUAUAAGCAUGCUUCCAAUGGCUGCUCUACUAACAGGCUCCCUCUUGACUCUAGCCUUAGGAGUAUUCGUAGUUGUCGUGAUCACCAUGAAAAGAAGACAUCGACACUGUGGAGGUUCCCAUUGUGCCCUACAGCUAGAUCCCAAGCAACCCAAGCCUCCUGCCCCUGGUUCCAUGCUAGAGAUCAAUACUGGAGAUAACAGAUACGUUGUAGCGUAUACCGUUAAACAAAAUAGUGAUUGUCCGAUGGGAGCCCAGUUGACAGUGUGUACGACUGGCUCAAAUGACAUAAGGCAGCCAGAUAUACUGAAUACACCGAGAGGUGGAGAUGCUGCAACGCCUCCAUCUGCAGGAGGACCCUUGCCACGUCCAGAUGCACUCUUCACUCCACCAUCUGAAAGAGCGAAGCCAAAUAUAUUCACAAAUAACACGUAUCAGAAACAAAUAGAGCAAGCAACUCCCCCAGAGCAUUGUGCAACCCUUGGGCGCAGCAGGCCCAGGCCAAGGGACAUGUCCUUCUCAACAUUCGCCACAAUGAGGAGGGACCACAUAAUAGCAGAUUCUAUACCAGGUCCUGAAAGUUGUGUAUAAAGAACGUCAUCGGCUUAGUGAAUUGACCACAAAGUUGUAUUGGAGACCAUAAGUGUAAAAUGCCUAAAAUAUAACAUACAUUCUGCUCUAUGUGAUAGAACAAAUGAAAAACUAGGAUAAUAUAAAGUGAAAUUAUAGACGAGAAAUGUUCAAACUGAACUUAAAACAAAUGUUGAGUGUAAAAUUUACAAAUAGUAUAUAACAUAUUUAUUUCCAAAUCUCACAAAAUUCGAAAUAGUAUAAAUACCAUUUUUCUUCAGCAGAAAGAAUUUGAGAAUUGAGCGGACCAUAAAAGUGAUAUGAAUAUGGUCUAAUUUUAUGAAAAAAUAUUCCAAAAAUGAAGUUAUUCAUUUUCUUUAAAAUACUUCGAAUGUAUAGGUAGUAGGUACAUACUUAAAGCACAUUUUGGAAACCUGCCUAUUCGAUUCUUGUUUAAUUAUCUUCUGUUUGGAUAUUCCUAUCUUUUGAAUAAUAUUCCAACCGAAAUUUUUACGACAGCUUCGAAAAAAAACAAUCUUCCUCGAGUUUAAUAUCCUCAGAAAAAAUUCGACUGAACUUAUGAACUGUUCAUUGUUCCUUUAUAUCUCCAAAAGCUAAUUGUUUCAAACUGAAUGUAAAAUAUGAAUGUAAAUAAUUUAUAUUAUUAUUUGAUAAGUUUCAAAAUAUAUAAUACAAGUGUAUGCAACAAAAUUUGUUGCAUUCUAAUGAGGUGUUUUGUACAUUAAUGAAUACUAUGUAAAUAUAAAAGAUGUGUUCUAUCUAGUUUGUCUGUAUGUAAAUUGGAUUUUAAGACAGUCAUAAAAAUUGUUCUAUUAA